AUGGCGCGCGUCUCUGGCUGCCGCGCUUGGUCCCUCCUCGCCUUGCUUCCCGCACUGCUCUGGCUGGGGCCGGCGUGGAGCCACCCGCAGUGCCUGGACUUCAAGCCGCCCUUCCGGCCGCCGCGGCCCCUCACCUUCUGCGUGGAGUACUCGGACUUCGGCUGCUGCGACGCCGAACGCGACGCCGCCCUGCUGCAGCGCUACUACGGCGUCUCCGGGCACCUCGACCGCGCCAGCUACGCCGCCUGCGCCAGCCACCUGCAGAACCUCCUGUGCCAGGAAUGCUCCCCCUAUGCUGCUCACCUAUUUGAUGCUGAAGACCCUUCUACUCCAGAAAGAACAAUACCAGGACUCUGCCAAGAUUACUGUGUACAAGUGUGGCAAAGCUGCAGGUCCAUGUUCCGUUAUCUCACUGCUGAUGAAGAGUUAUUGGCACUGGAAAACAACAUGGCAAAGUUCUGCCGUUAUUUGACCUUGGAAGAUACGGACUACUGUUUUCCUCACCUCCUAGUCAAUGAGCAUCUUACUCAAAACCUUGGGGUAGUGAUGGCUGAUUCAGAAGGAUGCAUGCAGCUGUGUUUAGAGGAGGUUGCCAAUGGGCUUAGGAAUCCAGUUGCCAUGGUACAUGCGAAUGAUGGGACUCAUAGAUUUUUCAUUGCUGAACAAGUUGGCUUAGUCUGGACCUACCUUCCAGAUAAGUCACGCCUUGAAAAACCAUUUCUGAACAUCAGUGAAGCUGUACUUACCUCACCUUGGGAAGGAGAUGAGAGAGGUUUUCUAGGUAUUGUCUUCCAUCCUAAAUUCAAAUUUAAUGGUAAACUAUAUGUCUACUAUUCAAUUGAAGUUCAGUAUGAAGAGAGAAUCCGAAUCAGUGAGUUCAGAAUUUCUGCUGAUGACAUGAAUUCUGUGGAUCAUGGUUCUGAAAGAAUAAUUCUGGAGGUGGAAGAGCCAGCUUCGAAUCACAAUGGAGGAGAACUGUUGUUUGGAGAUGAUGGUUAUCUUUAUAUCUUUACUGGAGAUGGAGGAAUGGGUGGUGAUCCUUUUGGGACAUUUGGAAAUGCCCAAAACAAGUCUACGCUGCUAGGCAAAGUGCUCCGUAUCAAUGUGGACAACAAUGAUCGUGGGCCUCUUUAUCGCAUCCCUCCCGACAAUCCUUUUAUCAAUGAACCCAAAACCCGGCCUGAAAUCUAUGCUUAUGGGGCAAGGAAUAUGUGGCGUUGUUCUUUUGAUAGAGGUGAUCCUUACACAAAGGAAGGGAAAGGACGGCUUUUCUGCGGUGAUGUGGGACAGAAUAAAUUUGAAGAAAUCGACAUUGUGGAGAAGGGGAGAAAUUAUGGCUGGAGAGCAAGAGAAGGGUUCAGCUGUUACGACAAAAAGCUUUGCACCAAUUCUUCAUUAGAUGAUGUGCUUCCAAUAUAUGCUUAUCCGCACAAGAUGGGAAAGUCCGUUACAGGAGGCUAUGUCUAUCGGGGUUGUGCAUCUCCAAACUUGAAUGGGAUAUACAUAUUUGGUGAUUUUAUGAGUGGGCGCCUAAUGUCCUUAAAAGAAAGUCGUGCAACAGGAGAAUGGCAGUACACAGAAAUUUGCAUGGGAAAAGGUCAAACUUGCAUGUUUCCUGGACUUAUUAAUAACUACUAUCAGUAUAUCAUCUCUUUUGCUGAAGAUGAGGCAGGGGAGCUUUACUUCAUGUCAACUGGAUUACCCAGUGCUACUGCUCCUAAUGGAGUAGUUUACAAAAUGGUCGACACUUCCCGGAGAGCACCUCCAGGGAAAUGCCGUGCUGAGCCUCUACCAGUAAAAGUCAAAAGCAGGCUUAUUAAGUUUUCUCCAAAAGAAAAGCUUAUAGUGAAAAUGCCACCCCAGCGCCCUAAGACAAGAGCCACUACCAGAGCCCCGACAAGGAGCAGAACAACAGCACCACCACGAGCCACAACUCCUGACUGGUUGGAACAACUCUUGACCCUACUAAGAAAUGAGAACAGAAUGCAGAUGACCACUGUAGCACCAAGGACCAGAGCUCCAAAGCCCCGAAAGGGAGGAAGGGCUGGGAGAAGAAGGGGGCAGAGAAGGAAAAAUAAGCCCACGGGUGUUCCUGCACGGACACGGAAUGGUGCAGUCCGAAUAAUGGAUGGCAAUGUGAAGGGGAAGGACCAAGGGAGAGUCGAAAUUUUUAUCAAUGGACAGUGGGGCACCGUGUGUGAUGACCUGUGGAACUCAAAAGCAGCUGCAGUGGUUUGCCGCCAGUUGGGCUACGCUUUUGUGACCAGGGCAACCAAGAAAGCAGAAUUUGGGGAGGGCCAUUCACUUCCUAUUCUUCUGGAUGAUAUUCAGUGCACGGGACAUGAGAAGAAUCUCCUGGAAUGCACACAUGCAGAUAUUGGGGUGCACAAUUGUAACCACAACGAGGAUGCAGGAGUGAUUUGCAGUCAUGUAGAUGUUUUUUGAGGCUGAACAGCAGGGGAGAGAGCAUGGGAUGAAGCUAUGCUGUUCUUUUUCAUUAAAAAACAUGGUCCAACCUGGGAGGUUUAUCAGAUAAAUUGAAGAUAUAGGAGGCAUGAUACCUGCCUACCAGAUAAGCAGAAGAAAUAUAUUGCUUGUAAAAUGACCACACCCAUAAACAGUGGUUGCUUACCAUUUUACAAGCAAAAAUAUAUAACAAGCAUUUUUAAAGAUUUGGUUCCAUUGUAAAUAAAGAGAAGGAUCAUGCUGGAUACCUUUGAUUAAAAAUCGAACACUGGACAGAUAGCA